GACAGAUUGUCAGUCGCUAUCAACGUGUUAUGAAUGGAACAGAUUUUUAUUUACGUACUGUAAAUACGAAACGUGUCGCACGUUCUCGCUCAGCCCGACGACGUGAAGAAAUGACAGGAUCGACGACCGGAUCGAGGCGCGUCUAGAUACAAAAAGGUCCGAGUAUCCCCGAACAAAUCAAUGGCAUAAAUGCGCUCGGCUAUCAGCGUUAUCCUGUCGAGUCCGGUGCCCGACAACAAGAUGUCCCAUCCUGAUUAUGAGCAAACCGCACACGAUCAUGCCGCUCUACUGCUGUUGCUGAAGCCGAUCGGCACGCAAAUCAAGCCGAAGACAGUCAGCAAGUUAUGCGAGCGGAUUAUCAAGGCUGGCAGCAGGUUCUCCGUGUCCGAUUCGAGUGGCGGGACGCGUGAGAUCCUCGCCCGAUUCGUCAGGGAGCAUCCCGUGGAGAACAACGACUGGGGGGACUUUCAGACGCACAGGCGACUCCUGGGUCUGAUCACGUUCGGCAAGUAUGAUAAUCAGACGGAGCUAAACGAAAUGUGCCGGGUGCAUGAGACUUUGAAAGUCAAAUACACUAGCACCCUGUACGACUCACGGGCCAUUCUCUUCGGUCCCCUCGAAUCGAACGGCCGUCACGAGCCACCGCCGGGCUAUACUACACCCAGCAAUUUCAAAACGCGAGCGAUAUUCUACGCGGACGAGGCGUGUCCCGAUCUCGAGACGCAGACAGCCGAGUAUCUCAAUUUUCUGUUCUGGAUUUUGGAGUCGAAGAGGCUGGAACGUUCCAGAGAGAAGAUUGAUCGUGUCUCGCUUCUGUUGGCUCCAUUCGAGAAGAAGGAUUUCAUUGGGCUGGACCUUGAGUCCAGAAACAAUAAGAAAAGAUGCGUGGGCCGCAUGACGAAGCAUUUAGGGGAUCUGUGUCUUCAAGCUGGACUUCCGGCCGAUGCAUUGAAUAAUUAUAAUUCUGCGGCCAACAUUCUGCAAGCUGUCAACGACUGGUUGUGGCUGGGAGCUGCAUAUGAAGGUCUUUGCGCCGCUUCGGUCUUGGUUCUUUAUCCUAAUAUGUGUCGGAGUCUUCCAUUGCAAAGAAAUUCUUCCUUGCAAGAAGGGAGUCCAAGUAAGCAGAGACGAGGAUCACAGGCUCUUACGGUUUUGCCAUCUCCACCCAGUAUAGACAUGGUAAAGGCCAGCAUGCCACAUAUUUUACUACCUGAGGAAAUAUCUAAGAAAUAUCGUGAAGCUAUAGUGCAUUAUAGUAAAUACCAAUACGCAGGUAUAAUUGAAACUGAGGCAAGUUUCAAAGCCACAAGAAUCUCAAUAGAACAGAAUUGCACUUUACAAGCUGCAUCGUAUUUAAAUAACGUUGUACUGAUUAAUUUGUCUCUUAGUGAGCAAGAAAAAAUUGACCGAUUUACUACAUUGUCAGAUCUAUAUACGAGUUUUGGUUUUGAUAGAAAAGCGUCAUUCUGUUUGCGAUUGGCCGCCACUCGUCAUGUAUCGCAAAACAAUCCUAAUCCAAACUGGCAACAAUGUUAUAAUUUGAUGUUGCAAGCUACAUCUGGAUUUAAAUUGUCCUUGGAUCCUGUUGAUAUGUCACCAGAUGGACAAAGAGGAUGGCCGACUAUACAAAUCCAAAUAAUAAAUGAACUUGUUGCUGCUGCAAACCGAAUGGGUAAUCCAGCACUUGCCACCAGGCAUUUGACAUUCUUGCUUCAAACGAUGUACAAUCAUUUAACGCCUACUGAGCGCAAAGAUAUUGCACUGCAAUUACAAAAUGUCUCUCAACAGUGCGAGGGUGCACCAGUCCCUCUUGUUUUAGAUUCUGGUACCGUCAUACCACCAGCUAAUUUAUUAAACAUACCAAAAACAAAAUCGUUUACUCUAAAAAACAUGCAACCACACUUACAGCCUCAAAAGAUAGAAAGGGUAAAAGAAGAUCACGGGCCAUUUUUAUUUACGCCAAUUAAUUUUGGGUCGUUGGAACGCAAAAAUAUUUCAAAGAGCAAAGUUGAUUAUUUGUGGGUAGAAGGAGAUAUCUGUGAAGUGUCGAUGCAGCUUAUAAAUCCUUUACCGUUCGAAUUACAUGUGUCUAAUAUGAGACUCUUGACAAAUGGUAUAGUGUUUGAAUCGAUACCAGAAAGUAUUAGUCUGCCUGCCGAGUCCGGUCCGAUCGCGGUCACGUUAGCGGGCAGACCCAAAGAAGUUGGAGAUUUAGAAAUACUUGGGUUCAGCACACAUACGUUAGGAGUUAAAUCUAACUGUAGACUGAGAUACAUGGAGAGUAUGUUACAUCCUCAAUAUACGGUCGAGGUCAUUCCAGCUUUACCGAGAAUCGAAGUUGCAACUAGUUUGCCUCAAACUGCCAGUUUUAGUUCUGGUGAUAAUAUCGUUACCAGCGCGAGUAUAUCGCUCUACGGCGGUGAAAGUGCCGAGUGUACCGUGACAAUAACGAAUGCUGGGCAGGUUCCUAUCGAAAUGGUCGAAUUAUCAGUGCAAUCCGCUCUGGAUGCUGUAACUGAAAAUAAAAUUUUUAAAUGGAGCGAUGAGAAUCUAAUGACACAAUUGCCUUUGCAACCUGGCAGCAGCGCGAGCCUCACUCUAUAUCUGUACGCGGCGACAGAUUUCAUAGCACCUUCAAUUAGAAAUGAUAUUAUUAGCAGUACCUGUCUCAGUCAACCAAGUAGUAUAAUGUCGCAUUCAGGCCACAGUUCUUUACCAUCUAGGCUUAGUUCUCCAUCUCAUCACACGAAAAGACAAUCCGAACUGACCUCUUCCUUUAGAUCAGGAAUAAGUUCACACUCCGGCCAUUCUUCCUUAGCAAGCACGCGUCUGUCGAAACUCGCAGUACCUCUACACACGUCUAACAUUAUCGAAGGUCAAUUAAGAAUAAAAUACUCAGGAGGUGCAGGUUUAGCAACUGGUUACUGUAGAAUUUCAUCUGUUUUUAUAACCAUUGAGAUGCUACCUAGUGUACAAAUUACCAAUUGGGAUGUAUUGCCGGCCGAAACACCAUUGCAAUUUUAUCUUGUGUUGGACGUGACAAACAUGACGAAUCAUGAAAUGGAGUUACACUAUACACAAAAUAAAUGUAUAUAUAUGGAAGGUAAAGAGCCAUGUAGAAUUCCUGUUCCAGUUGAUCGAUGUCCGCUUAAUAAAUUAUCUAUGUUAAAUGGUACUGGUGAUACGAGUGAACUUCAAAAGAUAUGUGCAGAACAUAUAGCGUCAUUGGUUGAUCUACGCUGGCAAUUACUAGGUACCGAGUCAACGGGAAAGGCCACCCUUUCUGGUAUCACUCUAACUCAAGACAUGUUGGAUCUAGUUAGGAUGAGUCCUCUACAGUGGGGUACGUAUUUACUGUUUAAUAUAUGUGUGUGUAUAAUAAAAAAAAACCUUAAAAUUAAACAAACUCAAUACUUUUCAGAAAUAACUAUUAACGAUAUUAUUGUAAAAGCACAAGAAGAACUGUCAUGCGCUUUGGGUGAAUGCAUUAGCGUUGGCGUGGGGGUAUGCAACGCCCUGGAAUAUCCUCUGAGUGAUCUUACAUUGUCCAUUAAUUUUUAUCAGGACCAUCAUAAUGGAGUUAAUAAUUAUCAGUUAGAAACAAGGUUAUCCAUAGCUGGAGCAAAUAAAGUUAUGCUGCCUACUUUACAGGAAUACGGCAGAGCUUAUCACGAAUGUCGUGUAGUAUUUUUCACUGCUGGUCAGUACAAAAUAGAUAUUCAAUGCAACAGCAAAGAAUCCGCUCCAAACUCUCCGAUAUUGUAUUCGGAGCUCGUAAAUGCAGGGCAUACAUGGCGUUACAUACCGCCCAUUGAAAUAACUGUUGACGAUUAUUAAUAUUAAUACAAAUCACUGUCCACACAUCAGUAAACUGUAAUAUUUGUAAAAAAAAGAGCCAAAAUAUUGUAUUAAUUAUAGAGAUAAAAAUAAAGGUAUUUACGUUAAUAAAA